AUGUCGCUGGAAGACUCCUCCCCCCGCUCACCUGCCCCCGACGUUGCUGUUCGGCCUCGGAGGGUUUGGACUGUUGCCGAGGACGCGAAACUGAAGUCUCUCGUUGCCCAUUUCGGUGAUGCAAGGGGCCCGCAGGGGCGGUGGAAAGACAUAGCUGCUGGACUGCAGGACCGCUCUGCCAAGGACUGCCGUAAACGCUGGUUUCACUCACUUGACCCAUCUCUGCGAAAGGGUAGAUGGACAGCACAAGAGGACCGGGUUUUACUGUCGGCUUACGCUCGCCUGGGCCCCUCUUGGCACGACAUUGCUCUCCUCAUACCUGGAAGAAAGGAUGAUCAAUGUGCCAAAAGAUACAACGAUAUUCUCAAUCCCCAAGCCAAGGAUCGUCUCAGUCACUGGAGUCCCAAAGAAGACGAAGUUUUGACAGAGGGUGUCCGGACCCUUGGCCACAGGUGGUCAGCCAUUUCCGCCAAGUUACCUGGCCGCCCUCCCCUUACCUGUCGUAAUAGGUGGAGGGCUCUGACGAAGCAUUCCAAAAGGUCAACUAUCAUCGGCACACCAUCAUCGACAGCCUGCCAGAUGUCUGAAAGCGAUAACGCCCUUCUUCCCGAGACUCCAGACUUGGCUACGCCAUCAGCUGGAGUUGAUGUGGACCUCAGCAACCAAGUUGAUCUCCAAAAUCUCACUUCAGCCAUGAUGAACACAAGCCCGAGUUUGGUGGAUGGAGCCAUCGACUUCGUCGCAGGUCCAGAGUCCUUUUCUGCACUUUCUGAUCCACACCCCAUUCCCAACCCGAGCGGUAUUGGUGACUCAGAGAUACUUGGAAACGCGGACAUGACACAAACACAAAUGUUUCAUAACGUCUCUUCAGAUAGUUCUGAUUGUGCUUCAACACCACCGAGGUCGGGAUGGGGUGAUGUACCCGAAAUGUCCUCUUCAAAUCGGCACAACACCGUCCGCAACGUCAUGACGAGAGAGCGGAACUCCAGGCCAUCGCAAUCCACAAAUUCUAGCCUGGACACAACCGAUUAUGACUUCAUCGCCGCCUCGGCAUCGUCACUGCAUAACAACAAUGGCUCAAUGCCGUCUCCAUCUCAGUAUUUCGAGCUUUUCGCCGAUGACUUUGGGCAGAUCGUUCCAACAGAUCUCUUCAGGUAUCCCGCUGCAACACAGCAAGUCGUGCAUCACCACCAUCACCAUCAUCAUCACCAUCACCACCAUCAUCAUCAACAAGAGUCUAGUGCACUCAGACAGUUUGAGCAACAAGCUGAAGCCCAGUCGAUGAGAUCACAACCACGACCAGGAGGACGCGGGAGAUGA